ACCUCGGAGCUAUUUGGGAAAGUACACUGAAGUCGUAAAUAUCCCAUGUUUGAUCAUUCUAAGCAUGGAUUAAAAGCUAAAAAAAUAAGGACCUAUCUCCCGCCCCCCACCCCCAGUGUGCGCCAAAGUGCUUGGCAGGUGUUCGUUCGCCAGAGACUGGUCGCUUCAAUCAGUCGGCUCCCUGAGCUUCAGCAGGGUGUCGAGCGAGGAAAAGAUCCACCAGCUGUGAAGACCAGACGCCCCUUCCAAGAGCGACGGGACUUUUUACACAUUUCUCAAGCGAUAGCUUUUCGACGGACCACUGUGGAGCACCGUGGACGACGCCGGGGUAACACGGCAGCGUGACGCAGUGUAAGAGCAUCGAGACUCAACACUCCCUUCGUUUGAAAACCAACUUUUUAUGCAUUUCAACAAACUCUUCAACGUCUGUGUUUGUCAUAAAAGCCAGAACACAACAUCAGUGAGCGUAAGAUCAGAAAUUAAAGUCUUGAAUCAUUCUUUUCUUUGCUAACCUGUUGUGCCACCGGUGGUGCCCUGCACGUAUCCGCGGAAGGCGAACAAUUUUCGGGGAAGAGAGCGCCAUCUCGUCAGUACUAGCUAAAUAAGCUAACUACAUUAGCGUGCUAGUUAGCAGAACUAACCACCAGGUUAAGUGAUAAGAUCUCCAUCACCACACUUGGAAGUACUUGGAGCUAUUCACUGAAUGAAUUGAUUCUCCUGAGCAAGCGCAAGUACUCGACCAUUCCAUGCACAAUUUACGUCUUAUAUUACCGCCGAUUUUCAAAGCAAAGUGAUCUUGGACAAAGUGGGAUUUUAGGUCAAUAGUAGAAAAUACGACGAUAAAGUCUAAAACGCACACUCAGAUGUGUUAAUUCAGCGCGUCGAUAAAUCCAAAUCCAAGAGAAGCGCACCGGCCGGACGAUGGAACACACAGCAGACUCCCCCACAGCACGUCCACUUUACCGGGUGCUUCAGCCGUGAAGGCACCAUUGCCCGGGCUUUCCUUUCACAAUUUUGCAAGCUGACUUUGCACCACAGAGGAGGCUUUUUGAAGCUAAGGCGGCGAGCGCUGACGUCGUAACACAACUUCCGGAGCUGGGGAGUUUGGGCUCACUUUACAAGGAGACAUUAUUGCUACAGCCUCCGGCAUGUUGGGAUUUUGCCGGUUCCGAGGGUACAUGGAAGGAUUCUACCCAGGGAGCGUGAAGAUGAUGCUGAUGAGUCGGUGGUUGCCUGUUCUGCGGCUGCUCCUUCUCGCCAGCAGCUGCCACAUGUUGCACGGGCAAGAGGUGGCUCCCUACCUACGAGGGGUUGGAAUGGCGCAGCAAGUGGUGUUGGAGGGAAACAGACUGGUGCUGACAUGCUUGGCUGGAGGCAGCUGGCCACUGCAGUACCGCUGGUCUCUCAAUAACAGCAACAUCACCGACUGGACACCACAAUACAGGUUGUUUGUGCCAUCUCUGCAGAGGACAGAUGCUGGCCUUUAUCAGUGUAGAGUGAGGAAUCGGAUGGGCGCUAUCAUACAUGGGAGAACUGAGGUGCAGGUGGCCUUUUUGGGGAGGUUCUCAGCUGAAGAGCUGAGAAUCACAGCGAGUCAAAGCCAAGCUGCCGUGCUCAGCCCACCUCCCCUCGCGUCCUUCCCUCAACCCCUCGUCACAUGGUACAAAGAUGGACACAAGAUUAUUCCCAACAAAAGAAUAGCGAUCACAUUGGAUAAUCAACUGGUCGUCCUGGCAACCACAACUGCAGACGCCGGGCGUUACCACGUGGAGGCUGUGAACGAGAUGACUGGAGAUAAUGUGACCAGUCCAGCCGUCUACUUGAGCAUCUCAGUUGGCAAGGAGAGCCGAGGGUCAACAGAUUUGGAGUCAGAAGUCGGUGCUCCGGUAAUUGUGAUUGGACCUAAAGACACAACCGUGGUGGCAGGGAACAAGGCAACCCUUGAGUGCAUUGCCAAUGCCAGACCUGUGGACAGCCUGAUGGUGGUGUGGAAACGCGACGGGCGUCAUUUGGCCAAUGGGCGUCGGCUCAUUAUUCCUGACCCAGCCACCUCCGAUGGUGGCGUGUAUCUUUGUGAAGCAUUUCUAAGCAACAGCACAAUAAAAUCUGCUGAGGCAAGGGCAAACCUCGAUGUGAUUGAGCCCCCCUCUCUGUCCGCCCAGCCCCCGAGUAAGAUAUUUGCAGAGCUCGACAGGAAUGUGGAUAUUCCCUGCCUGGCUACAGGUGUACCCCAGCCCAGGAUCGAAUGGUACAAGGAUGCUGUGCCUCUGGCCAAGCUAGCCAAUCCUCGCUACAAGGUCACCAGUGCAGCGGGACUGACGGUGCGGAGAGUACAGCCGGGAGACGGUGGAAUAUUCCAGUGCUUCGCUCGCAACACCGCCGGAGAAACACAAGCACACACGCAACUCCUCGUCUCCAAUGUGGCUCCCACGUUCAUGAUACGUCCAUCUGACAAAACAGUCACCGAAGGCAACGCAGCCUUGUUAACAUGCCAGACCAGUGGCGCUCCCAAACCAGCCAUCAUCUGGAAGAAAGGAUCACAGGUUUUGGCUAGUGGUUCUGUCCAGGUUCCCAGGUUCACGCUGUUGCAGUCGGGUAGCCUUCAGAUUCAGCCCGUCAGCUUCCAGGAUUCGGGAGAAUACACCUGUAUCGCCUCCAACUUGGAGAGAACCAUCAACGGCACAGCGACACUCACCGUCUGGAGCCGCACAGUCAUCUCUGUACCCCCUUCUGACCUGCGUGUAAUCAAAGGAACUACCGCUGUCUUGGCCUGCAAUGCAACACAUGACCCCAGAGUCAAUGUCAGCUUCAAGUGGGAUCGUAGCGGUGUGCCUGUCCUUCCCACCAGCGGGGGGCGUGUCUCUGUAAGCCAGGGCUCCCUGACUAUUGGCCAGACGUGGUCAGGGGACAUCGGGGAUUACACCUGCAUUGUAACCUCCAAAGCGGGCAAUGAUUCCCACACUGCACGCCUUGAGGUCAUCGAGCUGCCACACUCUCCUCGAUCCCUGGCGGCACGUCUCAAUGACUCAGACUCCCGCUCCGUCCUCCUCUCCUGGCUGCGUCCUUUUGACGGGAACUCGCCGCUUCUCUACUAUCUGUUGGAGCUCUCAGAGAACAACUCUCCAUGGAAGGUCUACCUAUCCGAGGUGGACCCCACAGUGACCAACAUGUCAGUGGGCGGCCUCACCCCUGCCAGAACCUAUCAGUUCCGACUUUGUGCUGUCAAUCAAGUGGGAAGAGGACAAUACAGUACAGAGACUCAGAGAUUAAUGCUGAGGGAGGAGGCCCCAAGUGCUCCUCCCAAGAAUAUUGUGGCCAGUGGUCGGACCAACCAGUCCAUCAUGGUCCAGUGGCAACCUCCUCCAGAAUCACAGCUCAAUGGAGUCCUCAGAGGAUACAUGCUCAGGUACCGACUGGCAGGACUACCAGGCGACUACCAAGAGAAAAACAUCAGCAGCCCAGAGACCAACUACUGUUUGCUGAAGGACCUGAUCAUAUGGACACAGUACCAAAUCCAAGUGGCUGCCUACACUGGAGCCGGCCUGGGCGUCUACAGCAGUCCUGUUACUGAAUACACUCUGCAAGGAGUUCCCACAGCUCCCCCGCAGGAAGUGGAAGUUGUUGCUGUCAACUCGACCACCAUCCGCUUCACAUGGAACCCUCCACCUCAGCAAUUCAUCAACGGCAUCAACCAGGGAUACAAGCUGCUGGUCUGGCCAGAACAGGUUCCAGAUGAUAUUACUAUGGUAACCAUCACCCCGGACUACCCCAGUUCACGACACACGGGCUUGGUCAAUGGACUCAAAAAAUUCACCUGGUACUUCGGGUCCAUCCUCUGCUUUACCACACCUGGAAACGGCCCUCGCAGCCCCCCAGCUCUGCUCCAAACACAUGAGGACACACCUGGACCUGUACGUCAUCUGAGUUUUACGGAAAUCUUGGACACAUCUGUCCAAGUCAGCUGGGCAGAGCCUGAAGAAAAGAACGGCAUCAUUACCGGCUACAUGCUGUGGUGGGAGGUGUCUGGUGUGCAGUCGAGGCGUGAGGAGCGUUCCUUGUCCAACGCCACGCUUCAGUACCAGCUCACAGGCCUCACGUCCACCACCAUGUACACGCUGAAGGUGGCCGCGCUCACUGCUGCGGGACGCGGCGUGGUCACCUCGUCUAACAUAUCCACAGGAGUCCCUCCAGAGCUUCCUGGCGCACCCUCAAACUUGAUCAUCUCAAAUAUCAGUCCCCGCACCGUCACACUCCGGUUCCGUCCAGGUCCUGAUGGGAAGACCGCCAUAUCACGAUGGAUUGUCGAAGGCCAGGUGGUGAAGGAGGAUGGGGAGGAGGACACAUGGAGGAUUGUUUACCAGCUAGAUAACCAGCCGGGCGCUGACACACUGGAGAUCCCCAACCUCUCACCCUUCACUCAGUAUAGGUUUAGGAUGCAGCAGGUGAACAUCGUCGGCUCCAGUCCCCUCAGUGCCCCCUCCAGGCUCAUCCAAACCUUACAGGCGGCCCCUGACACGCACCCCUCCAACCUCACCUUUCUGUCUAAUACACAAACCAGCCUUUGCUUCAGCUGGAAGCCUCUUCCAGAGUCUGAGUAUAACAGCAGUCCAGAGACGGUGGGCUACCGGCUUCGUUUGCGGAGGAUCGAUGGCCUCGCUGAGGAUCGGACCGUGGAGGUAGAAGGGGCAGGUGCCGCUGGUGAGGUCACUGUGGAGGGCUUGGAUCCUUGGACGUACUACCAAGCUCAGAUACAGUCCUACAACUCCAUUGGACCUGGGCCAUGGAGCAACACGGUUACGGCACGCACAACAGACUCUGUCCCAUCAGGCUCUCCUGUCAAUGUGACUGCUGAUGCUGUGAGUUCCUCCAAAAUUCUGCUCACGUGGUCUGCUGUCCCUCAGGCAAAGCGGAAUGGGGCCAUCCUCGGAUACAAGGUCUUGUACUCUGAGAAGGACUCAGAACAACCCCCCAGUGUUCUUGUGGCUGAGGGAGAGGGGAAUGUCUCACUGCUACUCAAUGCGCUCCAAAAGUACACAGUAUACUUGCUGCAGGUACUGGCGUACACACGCAUGGGUGAUGGCCCCCCCAGCAGCGCUCUCCUUCUUAGAACCAAAGAAGAUGUCCCAGGACCCCCAGUCAGGGUGGUGUUUCCAGAGGUUCGCUUGUCAUCAGCAAGGGUGGUGUGGGAGCCUCCCACAAACCCCAACGGCAUCAUUUUAGGUUACCAGAUCUCCUACCGCCUGGAGCAGAGAGACAGUCAACAGUGGACAACAGUGGAGGUUGGCUCCAACGGGCGCCAGUUUACUGUCACCGGUCUCACCCCGGAGCAGAGCUACCUGUUCCGACUCAUGGCACGCACCGCUAUAGGCUGGGGCCAAGAACAUGUAGCCCUGGUUGUCACUACAGAACGCAGAGAGCGUCCCCAACCACCGAAGAAGUUGUCUGUUCCCCAGGAUGGGGUGGAAGCACGGCAGCUCCGCCUCCAGUGGGUGACUGGCAGUUCAGGUUCCUCCCCCCUGAGGUACUUUACUGUGCAGAUCAAGAAGCUGCCCAGCGGGGACUGGACCACCCAUACGGCGGACCUCCCGCACAACCUGACUGCAUGGACCAUUGACAGGCUAAGUCCCUUCACUUCAUACAAGCUACGGAUGCUGGCCACCAAUGAUGUAGGAAGUAGUGUCCUCAGUAAGGAAACGGAGGCGGUCACGACCUUGCAGGAUGUUCCUGAUGAGCCUCCUGAGAUCCUCACAGUCAAGCCAUCAACAACUACCUCCGUCCUGGUACAGUGGAAGCCUCCGAGUGCCGACAGCAUCAACGGGGUGUUGACUGGAUAUCGGCUGUAUUACCGAGAACUCCCAUCAAACACUUCUUCGUCUGCUGAAAUGGUCCAGGCAAGAAAAAACAGCUCAAGUGCCCUCAUGACAACUAAGAGCACCUUCAAGACAGUCAGCAGUUCCUCAUUGACGGAGUUUGAGUUGACUCAACUGAAGAAGUUCAAGCAAUACCAAAUCGUGAUGACGAGCUAUAACAUCAUCGGGGAAAGUCCACCCUCCAAUCCUGUCGAGGUGUCCGUUGGAGAGGCAGCUCCAUCGGUGGCCCCCCAGUCUAUCAGAGUGUCAGCUGCCUCUCCCUCCAGCCUGGAAGUGAGCUGGGAGACGCCCCCUCUAGAAACCCAGAAUGGACUCAUCCAAGGAUACAAGGUCCACUACUGGCAGAAGAACAAACAGAACCAGACUGAGAAGGUGAAGGUGAUUUUUGUCCCCAACACCCACGUGCACCUGAAGAACCUGAGCAGCUACACACCUUAUAUGGUCACUCUGACCGCCUUCAACACGGCCGGGGACGGCCCACCCAGCGACCCUCGUGGUGCACAGACACUACAGUCUGCUCCCAGCAAGCCCAGCUACCUCUCCUUCUCUGAGGUGACUGAAGGAAGUGUCAACGUGUCCUGGGGGGCUCCUUUAACCCAUAACGGCCAACUGGAGGGCUACCGGGUCAUCUACCAGCCCACCGCUCCUGUGCAAGGCGUAAGCAAAGUGGUGACGGUGGACGUGAAAGGCAGCUGGCAGCGAUGGCUAAAGGUUCGAGACCUAGUCAAAGGAGCCACCUACAUCUUCAGCGUCCAAGCCCUCACAGUCAGCUACGGACCCCCCGUACUUGCUAACCUCACUGCAGAGGCCGUGCAAGGCACUCCAGGGUCUCCAGUGGAGCUCUCCAUCACCAAGGCGUCCUCUGCCCUCACCAUCCACUGGUCAGAGGGCGACAGCGGCGCAGCACCAGUGAGCGGAUACGUGAUUGAGUCUCGUCCCUCAGAUGAGGGCGUGUGGGACUCCUUCAUUCGACUCCUCUCUCCCAGCACCCGGUCCGUGUCGGUGCCGCUGGAGCGCCUGCGACCCGGGAUCAGCUACGAGUUCCGAGUCAUUGCUGUCAAUCGCUUUGGUUAUGGACAGCCAAGCACGCCCUCUGCUGCCCUCGCUGCGCUGUCAGAGCGUCCGUUCUACGAGGAGUGGUGGUUCCUGUUGGUCAUGGCCCUGGUGGGACUCAUCCUCAUCCUCAUCCUGGUCUUCACCCUGAUGCUGCAUGGACACAGCAACAAGUACAAGGCGUGUGGCACAGGGAAACACAUGUCAUCUGCAGAAGAGUCAGUCACUUUGGACAACGGAGGUUUCACUACCUUGGAGCUCAACAGCAGAGCGCUCACCAACACCAAGAGCACUUUCCUGAAAAAGAACGGGACCAGGUCACCUCCUCGACCCAGUCCAGGCGGCCUUCACUACUCGGAUGAGGACAUCUGUAACAACUAUAAUGGAGCUGUUCUGACAGAGAGCACCACACUCACUGAGAAGCCCACUGAGGUCUCUGAGUCAGAGCUGACAGACAGCGACUACGAGGACGAACAGCCUAAACACUCGUUUGUCAACCACUACAUGAGCGACCCCACCUACUACAACUCAUGGAAGAGGCAGCCCAAAGGCCUCAAGCCGCUUGGCUCGCCUUUCAGCUACGAAGAGUGCGCUGCCGCUGCCGAAUCUGAGCCGUACUACCAGACCGUGGUCACCCAGCACAGCACAGGCGGCGUCUACACACCCACAGGGCAGCGUGCACACACACAGGCCAACGCCAACACCAACCCACCUGGCUCGCGCACACCUGUGACGGGCUUCUCUUCAUUUGUGUGACUACAGGGACUACGUGUGCACAAAAUGACACUAUUCUUGGAAGGAAGGAAGGAGGGAUCAGUUCGAGCCGUCCUUGGCUCCAAAAAAACUAAAAACACCUUCCACUUGUUUCACAAAGAUCUUCACUGUGUGGGAGCGUUGCUCUCCAGCUCCUUCAUUUUUGAGUGUCACUGUGCUCUCACAACACACACACACACACAUAGCGUCUCCACAUUCCCACUGGCGAGGCGUACGCUGUAGAGCCUCUCAGAGGAGAGCGUUGUGAAGGACGUGGAGAACAUGGAGGAAUCAGCACAAUGCUUCUUGUCUGUUGUCUCUCAUUGCACACAAAAAAUACACACACUGUCUGAUGGAACAUUGUUGUGGGAGAAGAUGACAGAGGAGCAAGAAGAGACUUCCUGUGCACAAACAGAGAUCUGACAGCUUUAAAACAUUUGUGGGGGAGAAAAGUACAUCACUGUUAAAAGAUGGUGAACAAGUGUGUGUGUGUGGCACUUCAAAGUUUACUUAAAUUAUUGGUUGUUUUUUUUCUUACUAAUACUUUUCAUACCGCAGCCUCCCAACCUGUGAUGCUUGCACUGAGCUGAAGCCUGUUGUGUUCUCUUUAAAUUUCAUUUUACACAAGCCCGUGCUUGGUUCGACACGUGUGCGCACACAAGCAUGCGUGCAGAAAACGGCCCUCACGUGUGCCAUUAUAUGUACGUAUGUUUCUAUUUUUUAAGGUGAAUUUUGUACAGGGCAACCCUUUUACUUGUGUGAUGUGGCUCUGACAAGUGUGUAUUUAUUAAAGAGUUGGGAAACUGUAAAACAGUUUAAGGUGGCCGAGCUUUGACUCGUGCAGAACCACUAUCUUCAGGCCCGGCUAACACACAUACACACACACACAUACUUUAUACUAGUCAUGUAUAAUUUAACGUUUCUCCUACAACCCAGCCAGCAGCCUCUAGCACUCUGUCACACGUUUUAACGCCCGUAUGGUGUGUGAAUAAAAUGGUGAUUGUUAAA